AUGUCCGGUCUCGUGAACAAAGCAAAGGAGGUCUUGACGGGCAACAAGACUCAUGAAACCACGACCGGCCACACCACUUCAACCCACGGGCAUAGCGGCACGACUGCUCAUGAUGCAUCAACCCUGAAUACUACCCAUGGCGGUCAUACCGGUCAUACCGGUCAUACUGGCGGACAUACCACAGGAGAGUAUGGCCACGGUCAAAACACAGCCACUACUACGACGGGUCCUCAUUCCUCCAAUGUCGCGAACAAGCUUGACCCUCGAGUUGACUCGGAUGCGGACCAUCGCAACAAUCCCACCAGCGGUGUCGGUGGAUAUGGUGGUCAAACUCAUGCAAGCUCUGGAUACGGUCAGACUCAUGCAGGCUCUGGAUACGGUCAGACUCAUGCAGGCUCUGGAUACGGUCAGACCUCGUCGACAGGUGGUACUGCCACGGCUGGCCCUCAUUCCUCCAACCUAGCAAACAAACUCGACCCUCGAGUUGAUUCGGAUGCUGACCAUCGCAACAAUCCUACCAGCGGUGUCGGUGGAUAUGGUGGUCAAACUCAUGCAAGCUCAGGAUACGCCCCGACCUCGUCGACAAGCGGUACUGCUACAGCGGGCCCUCAUUCCUCCAACUUGGCAAACAAGCUUGAUCCACGCGUUGACUCGGAUGCAGACCACCGCAACAACCAUGGUACUCGAGGCGGUUAUGGUGAGACCCAAGGAAGUUAUGGCCGACCCUUGUAA